AUGAUUCAAACUAUUAUAUCAUCAAUAAGAUCAUUUUCAAUUAGAAUUGGUGAUUCUUUCCAUGUCUUAUAUACUGAAAGAAAUAUUCUUGAAGCAUUAUCAGUUUUGUUAGGUUAUCCUAGGGGUUUUGGUAAGAUUUAUAUUCUUCGCUCAUUUUAUAAUACAACUUAUAGACCUUUUUGGAGAUUAAAUAGAUUAUUAUGCCCAAUAAGAUAUCAUUUAUCCAAAAGAUUAAAUUCGUUAUAUCAAUGGACUUACCAUUCAAAAUUAAAGUCUUUAAUAAAGAAGAAUGAAGAUUUCCAAGACUUUGAUGUUUCAAAGAUUGAUGAUAUUGAAAAACCUGUCUCAAAUCAUAAUGGAAAUGUUAAUGAACUUGUGCUUCCAAUGGAAAUUUGGGAAAUCAUUGCACAGAUAGGUAAAAUUGAUUAUUCAAUCAUGUUGAAUAUUAAUAAAUCAUUCUUGAACACAUUUGCACCAAAAAUCUAUGAUACCUUAAAAUUAACAAUUGUUUUAACACCAUUAACCAAGAUGAAACUUAAUGAUGAGGCGUUCUUAAAGAAUGGACCUGAUCUUAUCAUGGAUACCAAAUACUACGAUUCAUACUCAAUAUACAAAAGACAUCAAGAGAGUAAAAAAUUUGAUUAUGAAUUUUUAGAUACUUCAAUUCGUGAUCAAGAUUAUUUUAAAGGUAUUGAUCCUAAACAAAUUAAAAGACAUCACCAUCCUACCAUGUCCGAGUCUAAGGAUAGAGGUGAAAAUGUAAACCAUCCAUUUGAAGUAAGAAGUUUAAGAAAGAUUCAAUUUAUUUUGAAAAACAUUUUGCAAAAUCCAAACUCAAUAAUGAAGAGUUUUAUCAAAGACAUUUUGGUUGAUAUAUGUAUAUUUGAUGGGUUUAAUAAACUCAUGACUAUGAAACAAAGAUUUUCUAGUGGUUAUGAAUCAUUAAAAGAAUUGAUUGAUCAGGAAAUCAAACAGAAUGAACAUGUUUCAGUUAUGAAAGUUAACUCAGGUCAAAAUGAAUUCAAAUCUAUUUCGGUUAUACCUUUUGACGAUAACUUUGAUAGAAUAAGAUGGCAAGAUCCUCUUCUAAAUAGAAAAAUAAGAAAUUCCAGAAUGAUCGGAAGUAUCAAAACCAAAUUUAAAGAACAUACUUUCUCCCAUCUUGGUUAUAUAUUCCCGCAAAAUAUUUAUUACAAAGAGCUGCUGAGUGUUUAUUUACUGUCUGAUCAUCUUUAUUCACAUAUAUUAAGAAGGCGAUUGAGUAAAUUUGAAAAAUCAAUGUAUUUUCAAAAUGCUAAUCCAAUAAAGCAUUGGCGUUAUACUGUUUUGAAUCACUGUUACAAUAGGAUAACGAAAAGAGUUAAUCGGCCAAGUUAUUAUAAAAUGAUUGUUACUGGUCAAUCAUGUGUUAAGAUUGAGGAUCGUGAAUUUAAAACUGAACUUCAAGUUUAUGAAAUUUUGAAAACUUUGAUUGAGACUUUAAUCGUUAAGUCAGAUAAUGGUGUUGGAGGAAAUAGCUAUGGAUUAGAUCAUGUCCAAUCUUCUAUCCUAAUCUUAGGUAUAGACGAUGGGAUACCUCAAGUUUCAAAAGAAUUUACACAAAAUUUAUCACACAUGGAUAAUAGAAGGAAUCCUUUACUCAAGUUGACUCCUCAACUAAUUCUUAUAAAUAAAUCAGCGACCACAGAAGAAACUAUAUAA